CCCUCAGAGCCUACGUGCAGGCAGACAUGAGCAGAGCCCGGUGAAGACAGAGGAAGCGUCCUGAUCUAUUCAGAACAGCACCCAGUCUCCUGUGUGCCGGAGCCGGCGGAGGUGACGAUGCUCCUGAGAAGCUUGUGCCUGGCCCUUCUCCUCCCGUCGCUGGCGGAGGCUCAGUAUGAGGAGUACAGCUUCAGAAGUUUCCCCCAGAAGGACAUCAUGCCGCUGGACUCCGCGUACGGAUACGCGAUGGAGCAGUACGGGGCGCAGAAAUGGGGAGAGAGCGUCAAGUUCCUGGAGCUCAGCCUGCGGCUCCACCGGCUGCUGCGGGACAGCGAGGCGUUCUGCAGCCGCAACUGCAGCUCGGUGAGCCGGGACAACGACACUCUCUUCGCCGACAACAGCCUGCGCGUCGUGCGCCACAUCCUCCUGAGAGCUGCGUGCCUGAAGAAGUGCAAGGCGGGGUUUCCAGUGUUUAACCUUGCGUAUCCACGAAGGGAUUUAUUGGAAACUUUCGACCAGAGAGUGCCGUAUCGUUACAUACAGUACUCGUACUUCCAGCUCAAUAACAUGAAGAAGGCUGUGGCGGCCGCCCACACCUUCCUGAAGAAGAACCCCAAUGACCCCUACCUGGUCAAGAACAUGAACUACUAUAAAACGCUGUUGGACGUGGAGGAAUAUCUCAUCGACCACGAGGAGCAGCCAUACGAGAGCGUUUUCCUGAAGAGCGUGACGCUCUACAACAGCGGGGACUUCAGCGACAGCGCCCAAAACAUGGAGCUGGCCAUCACGCAGUACUUUGAAGUAUACAGCCUCUGCUUAGCGGGCUGCGAGGGCUCGUAUGAGAUCUUGGAGUUCAAGGACUUCUACCCAACACUGGCAGAUCUCUACACUGAUAUGCUGAAAUGUAAGGUGAAAUGUGAGGCGCACCUGACGCCCAACGUCGGAGGAUUCGUUGUGGAGAAGUUUGUGGCCACAAUGUAUCACUACCUCCAGUUCUCUUAUUAUAAACUGAACGACGCAAAGAACGCGGCUCCGUGUGCAGCCAGCUACAUUCUGUUUGACCCCAACGACCAGGUGAUGCAGCAGAAUGUGGAGUAUUAUCACUUCUACCAGGAGCAGUGGGGCCUCAAGGACCAGGACUUUCAGCCUCGGCCUGACGCCCAGAGGUAUUUUAACCAGACGACCAAACAGAAGGAGAUGCUGGAGUUUGCAUUGAACUACCUACAAACAGACGACGAGGACGUGGUGAGUCCAGAAGAAACGGGAGCCUCUGACUCGGAGAACCCCGAUGCAGAGUUUGAGGGGAUGGGAGACUACGAGGAGUCCUUCCUGGCCGAAUGGUGGCAGGAACCCAAAACGAAGUCGGACGCGGGAGAGAUCGUGGACUGACAUCUGACCUCGUCCGUGAGAGGAGCGACUCCCCUGUCCAGCUCUGUCCCAACUGUUUGGACAACAUACCAAAGAAUGUCAACCUCCCC